AUGGUAUUACAGAACAGUUAUCUGGAAGAGUGGCUGCCCUAUAAGAGUAGAUACCUGUCUGUGCUCCUGGACAUGGAGGCCCUGCCUGAUGUCAUGGCUUGUUUUGUGUGUAAAGCAGAAGGGGCACCAUAUAGAUGCAUGGACUGUGCUCAUCACCCAUUGUCUUGUAAAACAUGUUGCAUCAAGCAACACAAACUCAGACCAUUCCAUUGGGUACAAAAAUGGAAUGGAAGAUUCUUUGAAGACUUCACUCUACAGCUGGUUGGUUUGGUGCUACACUUGGGCCAUGCUGGAGCACCAUGCCUGGCAGGGGAAGGUUCUUGGGAGGAUGCUGCCAGCCAUGUAGAUGAAGAGUGGGAGGACAUCAAGGAGAGUCAACGACUGGCACAUCUCAACCCACCAGAUGAUAGAAACUAUCUGACAGUUGUGGACACUGGCAGCAUGCACUUUUGCAAUGUGCAGUAUUGCAACUGCCCUGGGUCUGAGGAUUCACAUCUUUGGCUUACCAUGGCCAGCCUAUUCCUGGCUACAACUAAGGCACCAAGGACAGCUUUGACUUUCCAGGUGCUGGAUGACUUCAUCAGGGACAAUGUUGAAUGUGGAACCUCUGCCAUGAACUAUUAUAGCAAACUUCAGAGAGUCACCUCAAGCACAUUUCCUCACCUAGUGCUGAAUAGGUAUAGGGAAUUGCUCAGGGUGUCAAGAAUGUGGAGGCUCCUAAAGCUGUUGAAAUGGCAGGGAUUCCAUCAACAGUUGCCUGAUCCCUGGGCCAGUGAACUUGUCCUCUUCUGCCCUGCCUGUCCCCAGCCAGGGAUCAAUGUACCAGAUCAGGAUAUCAAUCUCUCUGAGUCUUUUGCUAGGACCUUUGUGAUGGAUGGCAACUUCAAGGCUGAGCAUAUGCUGCCCAAGAAUGCUGCUGAAGAGGUCUGGCUCAUGGAUGGAAAUGGCUUCAUGACUGAUUGCAUCAUGCAGAAAUCUGACUGCAAUAACCACUGGGCUGUUAAUCAAGCAAAUGCACAAAGGAAUAAGUUGGAAUUGACUGGGAUUGGUGGAUGUGCCUGUGUGAGGCAUGGCUGUUUUGUACCUCAUGCAAUGGUUGACUUUCAGAAGGGAGAGCAGCAUGCACCAAUUCAUAGUCCCUGCAGGCAGGUCAAUAUGGAUUAUGCUCUGGUCCAUGCCAUGCACCAUGGAUUGGACCCCUGGCAACCAGUCAUAACCUUUUAUGACAUCAAUUGUCAGUAUAGCAAGAACUUGGCCCACCAGCUUGAGGAAAAUAGAUAUCUCUCUCUGCCUUUUGGAUUACAGAUUCAGCCCAACAUUGGACUAUGGCAUGUCCAUGGCCAUCAGACAGAGUGCUUCACCAGAUAUGCUCCAAACUUUAUUCUGGGUGCCAGCCAGGUGGAUGGUGAAAUCAUGGAGACCCUCUGGUCUUCUCUCAACAUAAUCUCACCAUCAGCCCAGGGAAUGGUGACAGCACACUGUCAGGAGUUGCUGGACUUCCAAAUGAAUGAUAGUAACUUCCUCAAAAUGAUAUGGAUGUCAUCGGCAUUGAAACAGAUGUUCAAGGUUGCCAAGCAGUCAUUAGCAACAAUCCAAGAUAAAUUCAAUGAGUUGGAUAGCAAGGUACUGGAUGGCUUGCAUCAGUUAUGGGUGGAACAAGAACUUGUGGCACAGUCAUGCCAGCAGAAUACUCCACAGGCCAUGGACAUAUAUGAAGUCUGGCUGGAGAAGGCACCCACCAUGAAAGCCAUUGAGAUUGACCUAAUCCAUAACAACCAUUCAUUCAGCAGCUCAUGUGGUUCAGCUACUUGGAUUGCACAGGCAUUAAAGGUUGAGCAGGCUCAAAUAGUGCUUGCUAUGGAUACAUGA